UGCUCGUCAAGGCAAGACAUCGGGAAACUUAAAUACGCAUAACACUUGCUUUCUUCUAGCAUUUAAUGAGGCAAAAACCUGAAUGUGUAAACGUGUCUCACAAGUCGGCUGGUCAUGGAAACUAAUGGGAAUGAUAGGGCAGCGCCGUUUAGAGCAACAAUUAUCAUUAGCACUUCGUUUCAGGACCACGAAGUUUCACGAACAUUCCAAGCACAACAACAUCGGAUACGAUACUCAGAGUUUGUCGAAAACGGGACAUUCAUUUUCCCACAGUCAGGUAUAGCAUUUAUGCUGGUUUCUGCACAAGAAUUCCCUGAGAAUCCAGAGGAAGCAGGUCUCUUUGAAAGGAUUAAGAAGUUUAUGCAGAUUCACAGAAAUGCUUUUAUUCUGUUGCUAGCCUCACUUCAUGGAAAGAAAGAGUGGGAUAUACUGUCCACAAUUCAGCACAGUUUCUUUGGUAGCAAUCUCCGGAUUCUUCCAGUGCAUAACAUUGCUGAGAUGGUAAAGGGCAUGCUUACCAUUACAAAGGCUACCAGCAAGCCCUAUGUGGUGACCGUGCGGGAUCGCAUGUCUCUGGCGCAGGCCCACAUCAUUGAGCACAGCCUCGUGUGGGAGAUGCUGCGAGAUAUGCAGUUUCACUGAUAAUUACUUCCAAUGGAUGGUGAGGCGCACAUGAGUUUUUACAGCCUUAAAAGGAGCUUGGGAAAGUCAACCCUCAGUUUCUUCUACCAAGGGUGUAUUCUUAUUUUAACCGAUAACUCUUUUAACCUU